GCCGACGAAGGUGCAGCGUGAACAGUUGGGGCGAUCCUGCGUCGCACUUGACGACGUUGAAUGCAUCCGCGGCAUCUAAGACCUAUCAUGACGCAUCGAACCACAGCGUCAACUGGGGUUUCCUUGCACCUUGCGACAGUUUCGUUCCCUGUGGUCGUUGGUUUCGCGGCGACUGCAUCUAAGCGAUGAACAACGUGGACAACGAACACGAUGCAGAAAUCCAGCACUUGCUUCGCGAAAUGCACAACAUGUCGACAAGGAAGAACGCUGCUCCACACCAUGGACCUUUCAACGGUCCUCUGCAUGGCAAGGCAUCGUCUUCAGUGCUGAAGAAGAAAUCCAGCAGCACCGUCAACACUUACAUGUAUGGCAAAUCUACGCACCUCACCCACAAGGGUUCAUCGUCCGCUGCUGCCGUCCUCGAUCUUCCGCGAAGUCAUGGCAACUUGAGCUUUGUCCAGCAGCUACAAGUCAAGUACAACCAAGCAAAACAUGCCCUAGAGAUCCAGGAAGCCCAAUGCGCAGAUCUCCAAGAAACCAUCUCGGAUUUGAUCAAUACCAAGUCUCAACACGCUUUUCAAGUGUCUACACUGGAAGCUACCAUCGAGACGCAAGGCAGAGAGAUCCGCACACUUCGGGACCACGUACAGGACCUAUACACGGUCCAGCAAACAUUACGAGCGGAGUCGCUUCAGAAAGACAUCCAACUACAGCAGCGCCAUUCAUCUGUCACUCCCGCUCCCAACGACGACUGUCACUCUUGCGUCUGUCACUCGAACGCUCCGUCGAUUGCGUGGUCCAAUCAUCCCGACGGUGGAGGAGUUGUCCUCAACACGUUACCCAAUGCCCCAGUGGACUCGAUUCAAGUCGUCCAGAAUCUUCGUAUGGAGCUUGAUGGUCUCGAAACUCAAGUCGCGAGCCAAUCGGCAGAACUUGUCCGCGUACAAGCAGCCCUGGAUGAAGCUGUCGAGCGCAACCAGGUUGUUGAAGACACGAUGCGACAGUGGACUGCUCAUCUAUUGGUGCGAGAUACCAAUAAUCAAACCGCAGACGUCGAAGAGGAGAACCUGAAUGGACUGGAGCUUCUCCAUGCCCUAAAUGAGGCCAUCACGCACCAAAUGUCUCAACGCAACACAGAGCUGGACCCCAACAACAGACUACAACGAGGUCGUCGCAACGCCAUGUUGGUCCAUCCCAACCACCCCACAACGGAGGAAGAUCCAUCAGGCGAUGUGGGGGUCGAUCACGAUGACGAACGCGGAGCGAUGCCUAAAUGGCUGGUUGAUGCUCUUGCGACCGUCGAGGAUACAAUGGACGAAGCAACGCAUGCACUCGACAUGGAAGUGCUCCAAAGCGAACUGGCGUCGCUACGGCGGUCGCUUCAGCAGAAAGACGACGAACUGGAUGCGUUUGAGUUAUUAAUGGACUCAAUGCAAGGCCAGGUGGGAGCACUCGCCACCCGUCGCGAGCUCUCCCAAGAUGGGCAAGGAUUGGCCGUCCCAGGGCACUCCACAAUGGUGGAAGCACUGCUACACACCAUUUACAUCAGCAACGAUGAGCCACAAGCUGAAAACGAUGGCGACGACGAUACAGAUGACGGAUUGCCUGAGGAAAGUCCUGACCUAAGGCAUGACACCAUGCCAUCUGAACUGUCGGUGCAAGGUGUGGCGGCAAUCGACAAUGAUGCCGGGGACUGUUGCAAAGCUCUGUCGCUGUAUACGGACGAGCUACCCGUUAACCAUCCCGCUCUGAGUUCGUUCCAUGCAAGCCCCGAGGAAACUGAGUGUUUGGACGAGAUCACACCUCUUGUCGACGAGCUUGCGGUCCAACCGGCAGAGAUCGGUCAGUCACGUGCAAGUUUUGCUGCCUACCUCGCUCGCGUGCAGUCUUUGCUGGAUAAUGUCAUCGCUGUCUUGCAAACGACCAACUGCAGCGACGAUGACCACCAUACUGUCAAUGACGUGGACGUCUAUGAGCAGCUCGUGCGAUCAGCAGAAAAUCUCCUCAUCCAUGCCACGACACACAGCCAGCUAUGUGAAUCACUCCAAGACAAAGUGACAGACCAGCGUAUUGAAAUGCAAAUGCAAUAUGAGCAAGUGCACCAUCUCCACGAGGAAGUCGACGCUCUCAAGUUGCAGUCCGCGGAAGCAAUGAGGGCAGUCGAGAGCGAACUAAGUCGUCGCGUGGAAGAACUAGGCUCCUUGAACGCGACGAGUAUUGCAAAGGACGGCGAAAUCAAGUCGUUGGAAAGCCAGUUGACCACGGCUUCCUGCGCAUUGGAAACUAUGCGCCACGACUUGGCACUUACCCAGACGCAAAGUAUUGCUGUCCGGCACGAGAUGAACAAGUUACAAGCCCAGCACAGGCUGCAACAGUGCACUACGACAUGCUACUUGGAGCACUUUUAUUUGCAAUUGCAAGCUGAAAUGGCUACUCUCCAUGCUGCCAUCACCGGUGAUGAGGCUGUCAUUGAUCAGAGCCAACAUGACCAUGGCGCUCCUGGCAAUGACUUGGAACCUGCCGCUUCAAUGCAUUUGCCCACAACUGAAUCCACCUCUGGCAUCGAACAGAUGCAAGACUAUCAGGCGGCGAUGUUUGAAACGUUCACUACCUUCAAGACGAAGGUUGUUGAACAAGUGCACAAUCUCCAUCGCGAAGUCAAAAUGCUGCGGAGACAAUUAUUACAUAGCAAUGAGGCAGCCGCAAGCAGUGUCCGGCGUGAAAACGAGACACGAGAGAUUAUUCGUGUACAAGAGCGCUUGAAUGCACAGGCAGACGACGCGAAGAUUGCCAUGUUGCGCGCACGCGAAGUCGAAAUUGACGAGCUGCGAUCGCACCUUGAUACGGUGAAGGCUAACCUCAAUUCCUGUCGAAGCUUCACGGCGCUGAUCGAAGAAGAAUUAGCCACGUGCAAAGCUAUGAAUCGAGAGUUGAACGAGAGCAUGGUACAACUACGAGGCGUGGUUGACACCCUGGACGAAAAAUUUGUCGCCCAGUGGAUUGCCACUCCAAACCAGCCUUCAAGAGUAUUCCGAACACUGAAGCACGGCGAAGGGACUUGCCAAGCCUCUAUAACGCAAGAACUUGACCAACUGGAAGGUGACCACCAAGCCCACCUCAAUCAGCUUGUCACCAGGCACACACACUACACCGACGAAUUGCAUGUCCAACAUGCGAUGGACCGCUUGUUGUUGAUGUGCGAGAGCCACAUGAGGCACUCGGACGUUGAAAACGAAGUGAUUUCGUGGAAGCGUCAAAUCAACGUGAUGAAGUCAAAAGAAUUACGCAUGCGAGACGAGCUGAAGAGGUGCCAAGGCGACUUGGCGCUCGCCAUAAAAGAAAUGACCACACUCCGAGUAGAUGUCACUACCCACGAACAACAUAUCAUGACCUUGAUGGGUGAAAACGAACGGCUUCGGCGGAAGUUGGACGCAACUUUGAUGGAGAUCCAAGAUCUUGAGGUCAAGAACGCGUACGCUACAAAUGAAUUGGCCGACGUGUCUUUCUUGCUGGCGAAGGAACGAGCAACAAUUGAUCACCUGAAAGCCGUGGAAGAUACGUUGCUGUCGCAACUGGAACACCUUCGACAUGAACUUGAACAAUGCCAACAUGAAAGUACAACAUGUAAAGCGCUGUCGGCAUCCUCGGUCCGGGAUGUGAGUCGUUACAUGGAUCAGAUUGCAGUCCUUGAACGCGAUGUGGCCGACAAAAGCGACAAAAUCAAGGCUUUGGAAGACAAGUUGUCCACAGAGGCCCACCACUUGGCAACUAGUAGACAGCAUUUGUCCUUUCUGGAAACCCAGCACCAAAACCUUCAUGCACAGUUGUCGACACAAGAAGCUCAAUGCAAAGCGAGGGUGGACAAAAUGCACGAGCUGUUCGAAUCUGCAUGCUUGCGCCUCCAGGCAGAAAUGGCGCUCGUGGCAUGUUGUGGAGCCGAGAUUGGAGACGACAAUAGCCCAAUAGAAUGGGAAUCAACGACGCAGACCGCCCUACCUGCUGUCGAAUACCCCGUUAUGGGCCUUGAACACUGUCAAAACGUUCUGCUCGAUACAAUUGCGUCGCUCAAGACUUGCGUUCACGAGAAAUUCGACAGCUUCCGUCAAGAAAUUGUGACUCUGCACAGCCUCCUUCAGGGAUCCAACGAUACUACCGCAGAUACCAUUAGGCGAUGUGAUGAAGACAGGGCAAUUCUCCAAGUAGAAUUGGCCUCCCUUGUCCAAAACCUCCAAGAAUUGACCACCAAGCUGCGCCAACGCGACGCCGAAAUAGACAAGCUGCACACGGCCCAUGCGAUUGAAGUAGCCAACUCAAACACAAACCGAAGCAUGACUGCGUUGAUCGAGGAUGCAUUGUCAGUGUCGAAGUCGGACAAUCACUCAUUGAAGCUGUGCGUGGCGCAGUUGCGACACGAGAAUUGUGCUCUUCACGACAAGCUGGCAGCUCAAGUGGCCAUCCAAUUAUCCCACGACGAAAAAAUUGGUAGCAUCCGGUGUCAGUUGGACGAAGCAUUGAGUCAAGCUCGAAAGUCGCAAGAGGAAGCCUGGGACGUCGUAGGUAAGCAAGACCAGAUUGCACAACUCCAAGAGGAAAUGGCGUCCAAGCAACAGGAAGUCGGGAAUUUGCUUUGUACUUUGGCAGCGUCCGAAUGGGCUAACGGGGACAUUCAGCGGCGCUGGGAUGCUGACAAGGCUCAAAUGCUUUUAGAAGUAGCCGCGUGUCGGUCCGAAUGCCAGCAAUUGUCCACAUUGCUGGACGAAAAAAGGAGCGAAUUUGAUGACUUCCUAGCAGACCGAUUGGCCAAGGAAGAGACCUUGGUUGAGUCAUUGCACGUGGAAUUCAAUGCUAUGCAAGCAACGUACGAAGCUCAAGUCGCCCUCUGGGCAAAGCGAUCUCAAGGGCAUGAGCGCACAGCCAUCCGAUUGCAGCACGCACUGUGGGCCAUUCAAUUGGAGGGAGAGAUAGCUGCGUCGGAGAAAGGCAGUCCAACAACAAACCUCAAUGCCGUUGAAGACUCAAAUCUAGAGACCCCUGGACAAAACAAGGAAUCAAAAUACUGCAGGAGUCCUCCUGUGUGCCUCCGAUCAAGGAAUGCAAUGUCAGUUGGGCUUGGUAAUGACUGGGCUAUCCACCAAUUGCGCUCCGUUGCCCUGGAAAUGGAGCUGCAGAAUGAUCAGCAUGCGAUCGAAAUGGAAGUUGCACAUCAAGAUCACGAGAAAGAUCGCAUAUUUUGGCAACAAACCAUGGUUCAAAAGCGAGCGCAUCACUACAAUGCGACACAGCAACUGAUGCAGCAACUCGAUCUCGCGCAGGCGGUCAUUUGUCAGAAGGAAAAGGACAUAACUUUAUGGAUGGACUGCACACUCGCCAUGCAAAGCGAAAUCCAAGAAUUGCGGGUGUCACAUGCUCAAGUGGAACUUGACGCUUCGCUCAACAUGGCGCGAGCCCAGAACGAAAUAGCGGCAGCACGACCCUCAAUCGCUAUGAGGAAAUCAGUGAAGAUGACGCACUUCCUCAAGAGUGUCCAGCUGGAAAUGGACGAGUUGACUGGCUCGUACCACGCAGUCGUCGAAGAGGUCAGAUCCUUAACGUGUCGAAACCAGCAACUCCAAUGCGCACUCGACGAGAUGUCCAGCGAAAGGUACGCUCUGAUGGCCAAGAUCAACUGUUUGGUUAGCGAAUUUGCCGUACUGCCGUCGUUGCUGGCCAACGAGCGCACCACUGUGGAUCGGUUGGUCAAAGUAGAGAACGAGUUGAAUGCUGAACUCGAUCAACUUCGACAAGACUUCAAGCAAUGCCAAGACGAACGUAAUAACAUCCACCAGUUGCUCAAGGCAUCAACUGAGGAGUGGAGCGAGUCGAUAGCGGAGGUGAAGGCAACAGUGCGAGCUCAAGACGCCCAAGAUCACCAAGAAUGUGCCGUCAACUUUGCCCAGUCGACUGCUACCAACGACAAAUUGCUGGCAGAUCAAAUGGCAUUGGAACGCGAGUGUCGGCGACUGCGAAAGGACGUGCUCAAGUGGAGGCAUGUUGUCCAAAGCACGCAGCUUGAGAUGGAGAGCCUCAUGGCCACAGCCGACGGCAUUGUGAUGUCCAGCUCAUCUGCAGUUGGACCUUGUUCCAGCAACUCCACACAAUCCGCAGUCUUGAUCGAACCACCCGAGGAAAAGUCAGUCCGCGACCCAAAAAUAGCCACCACUGGCACCAUUCCUGCACCGAAUGAUCUCCAAACGAUGAUGACCCACGACCUUGAAUGGACGUGGCAAUUGCACGAGCAAGUUCUGGACGAGCGGACAAAGCAGGUGCAUCUCCUGCAGGCGCAACUUGCACACACCACCUCACCCUCGCCGCCAAUGUCCCCGUUAUCUGCUACUGAGCACAGGAUGAUCGCACUAAAACAGCGCCUCGACGCUGCCACCGCCGAGAACCACGCGCUAUGUAGUCGAUUGACCGACCUCACGCUGGACAACCACCGUCUGGUGCAUGAACUGACCGCGAACACUCCAGCACAGCAUCGAGCAGCUCAGACCAUGGAAGCCACCACUCAAACGACAGAAGGAACAGGACUCGGACCGCAGCGUCAACUUGACUCUGUCAUGGCCGAGAGCGCAGCGUUGUCCUGCAUAGUUGAGUCAGCAACAAAUCCAACCACGAUACGGCCCGACGUCACAAUGGUUCACGAAUCCAAGGUCGAUACGGCAGUAUCAAGCUCCACUCAAGCAGCCACCUUUGCACAACCAGCCAACGCCAAGUCAAAAACGUUCAAGGCCAACGAUGGCCACUUGGCAGCGUUGCCUGGCGUGGAUGAAAACCAAAUCGCAAACUCCCGUCGUCAUCAUUGUAGCGUGGUUGGAUUGGCGAUCGAUCGUCCCACAUCUUCGAGAGACGACGGAGCUGCCGUCGAACUCAAUUUGCGAUUGCACUCGAUGCUGUACAAUGUCGUUGCGGCCAUCCAUGCCAACGCCAUCCCCGAUGAAUACCACAACUUGCUGCGCAGCGCCAGCGGUCACGAGCAAUUGAUAACCUCGGCGAAAUAUAUCCGUGACGAAGUCACGAUCCUGCACCGUCAAAUUGAAGCACUCCAAGCGCAAGUGGCUGACAAGCAGCAUGAGAUACAAGUGCAACCGAAUCAAGUGCACCAUCGACAAGACGAAUAUGAAGUGCUGCAGGUGCGGUCCGUGGAAGAGCUGACGGCUAUCCCAAGCGAAGGCAGUAGUCGCGUGGAAGAACCCGGACACUUGGAGGGGGCGCUCGCAGCCACGGGCUGCGACAUCAAGGCGUUGGCGAGCAAGUUGCCAAUGGCGUCCCACCCUUUGGAAUCAACGCGCCCAGACUUAUCCUUGAUUCAAUUAAAGGUCCGAUGCCCCGACUCGGCAAUCCAAACAACGGGUGGGACGAUGACUCAUGUCACCAGCACUCAAUCAACUGACAAUAAAACGCAACCCCCAGGCGUUCUAACACAGUCGAUCAUGCAAACGGCAGAGCCCCAAGAGGACAUGCACAGUUUGCAUCGCCGACUUGGUGCCGCCAUGGCCGAGAAUUCGGCAUUGAGAAGCAAGUUGGCCGACCUUACCAGUGAACUUCAUCGCUUGUCCAUCGACGCGGCGAGGACACAGCCAGCAAUGACGCCAAUCGUACCCGUGUAUAACACACCCAAGGCAUUCAUGGCCCAAGGAUCAGCGUCGGAAACCGAGUCGGCAAUACCAGAGGCCCCCGAGGCAGGUGAUGAUGGUGCGUGGAACGGGCAAGAGAGUUGUGAAGUCAGGACCUUUACGCUUCCAGUGGACGAAAGCCCUAGCGAUGGCGGUAGCCCGUUCACGUGGAGGGAUUUGGCCGUUCACGUUCAAAUGUUGCUGCGCCAUGCCGCCGAUGUCGUUGCGACCACGCAAGAGAAACGCCAUCGACUCCAACAUCGCCUUCGCCGACUUCUUCUCGUAACUCUCCACGAUCCACUCGAGUGCGCUGCCCAUCUUGAUCCCAUUGUUGUCGUUGUCCAUCGCUUGACGAGCCUUGUGCGAACGCUUGCCUCAUUGCUUGAGCCGCCCACGCCCUCCUCCUCGAUGGUCAAGACGUCAGCGAGGGAGGCAUCGCCGCUUCGUCCGUUCGCCUCGGUUCGUCGCAAUCCCAACACUCCCUUCCACAUGCCAUCCUUGGUGUCGCGAGUGCCUCGCGGCAGUGGCUUCCCUAACUAUCCACAGCUCCUCCAUCAUCACGCCUCGUCCAUCGAUUCGAACGCGUCGUUUGUCGCGGGGGGCGGCGGCGUCGUCCUGCUCGAUCUCGGACGGAGUGAAAUCCGCGCAAGUCUCGUUCCUCGGCACGGCCUCGCCGCCGUCUCGCCCCCCAUGGUCCGGUUUGCGGUAAACUUCCCCAUUGUUGCAACCAAACCCGCUCACGUCACUGUCCCAUAGACGAUGCGCGACGGUUCCAGCGACGCCGCGGCGCGCAAUGUCGCGCGGGCGUUUGAAUCGCUCGGACUCUCGGCCACCCACCUCGCCCAUGUAAAGGUACGAAUGCUUCCAUAUCCCCGCAUGCGAUGAAGAACGUGUAUCAGGUCGUGCUCCUCCACAAACCAUGCCUGGAGCCUGUGCUGAAAGAACACCUCACAACCCUGCUACUCCAAGGCUUCCAGGUCCACGGCAUCAACCUCACGACCCAUGCGCAAGUGGCGCUUAUGGGCUGCCAUGCGCACACCGGCCUCGUCGUCGACAUUGGCAACAGCGUCACCCAUGUCGUGCCAGUGUUUGAGGACAUGGUGCUCGAGCACGCCGUGGUGAAGAUAGAUGGCGGCGGCAGCAGCGUCGCCAAGCACAUCGUGGCACAUGUUCGCAAGACGAACCCAUCGAAGUGUUUUCAGGCCGUGUCCACGACAGCCUGCGUCGAGGCCGUCGAACGGCGCUUGGCGGAAGGGCGACGAGAUGCCGACUGGCCGUCGUCAUACUGCGACGUGUUCUUUCGUGGCCACGUGGACUUAGCCGCCGCGGUGCGUGUAUGCGUCGACAAGUGUGACCCGUUGCUGCACGCCGCCAUGUUUGGCAACAUCGUGGUCACUGGCGGAGCAGCUUCCCUUUGUGGACUCGCGGAACGUUUGGAACUCGAGGUCCGCCAACUAGCAACAACGACAGGACGGGUGCGUGUGCACGUAGCGGCCAACGUGUUUGUCGGCGCCGCGGCGCAUGCGACAACGUUGUCGCCGUACAAGUGGGUCCUCCAACCCGACUUCCGCCUCCAUGGCGCACGCAUCGUCCACGCCAAGUGUUUCUAACGCUCGCAUGGGCGCCCCUUCUCUUCCACCCAUCCAUCGUCCCCGCCAAUCCACAUCCUUCGUGCCGCCCCAGUUGGCGCGUUCUGGCGGUUGGCGCCAUCGGUCGACCGGUGAAAUCUCGAGAUUGCACGCACCCGUACGAUUCGAUUUCCAUGUUUUUAAAACGUUCCUACAACUGUCAAGUGAUA